AUGGGUCAUGUCGAUGCUGGUAAAACAAAGCUGUUGGAUUGCAUCAGAGGAACAAAUGUACAGGAAGGUGAGGCUGGAGGUAUUACUCAGCAGAUUGGUGCAACUUAUUUACCUGCGGAAAACAUCCGAGAGAGGACUAUGGAACUGAGAGCUGAUGCACAACUUAAUGUGCCCGGUGUAUUGGUUAUCGAUACACCUGGCCAUGAGUCCUUCACGAAUCUGCGGUCUAGAGGUUCAAGUUUGUGCGACAUUGCCAUUUUGGUGGUUGACAUAACGCAUCGGUUACAGCCGCAAACAAUAGAAUCUCUAAAUCUCUUGAGAAUGAGGAAUACAGAGUUCAUUGUUGCAUUGAAUAAGGUGGAUAGGAUUUCUGGAUGGAAAAAAUGCAAGAAUGCUCCUUUCGUGAAGGCAAUUAGACAGCAAACUGAAGAUGUUAAAGAUUUAUUUAACAUGAAGCUCGCUGAGAUUAAAACCCAGUUCCAGGAUCAAGGACUCAACACUGAGCUUUAUUACAAGAAUAAAGAAAAGGGAGAAUGUCUCAGUAUUGUUCCCACUAGUGCUAUUAGUGGGGAAGGGAUCCCAGAUCUCUUGCUGUUUUUGGUUCAAUGGGCUCAGAAAACAAUGGUUGAGAAACUUACAUAUGUUGACAAAGUGCAGUGUACUGUCCUUGAGGUCAAAGUUAUUGAAGGCCAUGGUACAACAAUUGAUGUUGUGUUGGUAAACGGUGAACUCCAUGAAGGUGAUCAAAUCGUCGUUUGUGGGCUACAGGAACCUAUUGUCACAACGGUUAGAGCACUACUAACUUCUCAUCCAAUGAAGGAGUCAAGGGUGAAGGGUACUUAUCUGCAUCACAAAAAAAUAAAGGCUGCACAGAGCAUCAAGAUUACUGCUCAGGGACUUGAACACGCAGUUGCUGGUACUUGCCUGCAUGUGGUUGGACCUGAUGAUGACAUGGAUGCAAUUAAGAAUUCGGUUAUGGAAGAUAUGGAGUCAGUUAUGAGCAGAAUUGAAAAAAGUGGUGAAGGAGUUUAUGUACAAGCGUCUACACUAGGGUCAUUAGAAGCAUUGCUUGAAUUCUUGAAGUCCCCAGCUGUAAGGAUACCAGUCAGUGGUAUUGGCAUAGGGCCUGUGCAUAAGAAGGAUAUAAUGAAGGCUGGAGUGAUGCUCGAGAAGAAAAAAGAAGAUGCUAUAAUUUUGGCUUUUGACGUCAAAGUGACUACAGAGGCUCGUGAACUUGCUGACGAUAUGGGAGUUAAAAUCUUCUGCGCUGAUAUCAUCUAUCAUCUAUUCGAUCUAUAUAAGGAUUACAUUGAGAAAAUCAAAGAGGAGAAAAAGAAGGAAUCAGCCGAUGAAGUAGUCUUCCCAUGUAUCCUUAACAUUCUACGUGAGUUCAAUAAGAAAGACCCAAUAAUCCUUGGAGUUAAGGUCGUCGACGGUAUACUUAAGAUCGGAACCCCCAUUUGUGUCCCCAGCAGAGAGUUUAUAGAUAUUGGCCGCAUUGCCUCUAUUGAGAAGAACCGCAACCCUGUUGACUAUGCAGAGAAAGGCGACGAGGUGGCGAUUAAGAUUGUUGCUUCAAAUCGUGAAGAACAGAAGACGUUUGGAAGGCACUUUGACAAGAAAGAUGAGCUUGUGAGUCACAUUUCGAGGAGAUCUAUCGACAUACUCAACGAAAGCUACAUGAAUGAAAUGUCGAAAGAGAAAUGGGAUCUCAUUGUGGUACUGAAGAGUCUCUUCAAGAUUUUCUGAACAUUCACAUGUCUACUCUGGACCUUAAAACAAUGAGAUACAUCUUCCUGCUUCUAAUCGAAACAUUUACAAAAUAACAGAGAGAGGUUAAGGAGAGAGACAAAAGAAUGUUCUUGUCUAAAUUAUACAUAGAGGAUGCUUCCUAGUUUCCUUUGGACU